AUGAAACUCCGCGGGCUGGGAAAGAUGGUAAAACGUCCCGUGCCGAUGCCAGAACCCCCGGCGUUCACAGAGUCCACGCAGGAUACAAGGCGUGCUCUGUAUGACUAUCUUUUCAAGAUGAUACAUCGUGAAGCGGUCGAUGAUGUUCAGUUGCAGAAAACCGCACAUGAUGAGCUGUCCAAGCACUUCAAGAAUUUGUGGAUUAAAUGGCUCGACAGCAAGGGGCUCGACCACAAGACACAGUACCUCGACGAAUUCAAAAAUAGUGAACAGUAUCGAACAAUGCAAAACUAUUGGCAUCAGGCGAUCGGAGUCAUCCCCAACACAGUCCACAAUUUGAGUUUCGAUAAUUUCUAUGCGAAGGUCUUCCAACUAGAGCCUGCUGAAAGUGCGAAACAGCGAGCGAGAAACAAUUGA